AUGACUGUGACUAUACCUGCCAAGCGGGCAUUUAUCAUCCGCCCAGCGCGGCCCGCCGACGCCGCGGCCAUCGCCGAUCUCGGCGCCCACACCUUCACAACAACCUUCGGGCACUCGGUCACGGCUGAGGAGUUGCAGGCUUUCCUGGACGAGUCGUACACCACGGCCGCCAUAGAGAAGGACCUCGAAGACGCAGACCGGGAUGUCAUCGUCGCCGUCGACACCGACGAGGACAGCAACAACAAAACCAAAAACAACGGCGACAAGGUCCUAGGUUUUGCCUAUCUGACCCGCAAUUCCGUAGAGCCCUGCCUCGCGCACCUGUCGGGCACGGCCGAGCUGCAGCGCAUCUACGUGCACCCGGCGGCGCACGGCAAAGGCGUGGGCAGUGCUUUGUCUGGGCGGAUCACGGCCAUGGCGCGGGAGCAAGGCUUUGACAAGCUGUGGCUGGGCGUGUGGAUGGAGAACUACAAGGCCAUCCGGACAUACGAACGCUGGGGGUACCGAAAGGUCGGACACCACGACUUCAAAGUCGGACCGGUGGUGCAGACGGACCACAUCAUGCUCAAGGAGGAUUUGUCGUCUUAA